CUGUCCAUUCGUUCACGUCUCCCAGUGUGUGUGUGUGUUUGUGUGUUUAUGACUGCCUAAAACGAAAGCCCACAGUUAAUUUGUCUUACCUGACGUGUCCAUCACUUGUGCUACACGAGCCUUUAGCACAAGCCUGCGGCACCGACAGACAAAAUGUGGAUUUAAGUUGUUGACGGAGGGCGAUAAAACAACGCGCGCCGACUUCACUCCCGUGGAGAGUUAAUAUGAUGCAUCCACGAGUAUGGAGAGCCCUGUUUUUGAUCUCUGUCUUCUGUCAGCUUGGGAUGGCAGGCAAAUACGGCUGUUUGUUUGAGAAGAGAUUGUGCUCCAGAGAGCAGUUCUGCUCUGAUGACAAGAUCUUUGGACAGUGCCGUAGCUCCAGACAUGAUCAGGUUCAGUAUCAGGUCUCUGUUCCUGUUCUUCAGAGACUGCAGCAAGUGCUCAAAGAGUUGAUGCUUCAGGGAUUUUCAUGGCAGGAUGAAAUCACGCAGCAGAUCAUUGCUAAAGAGCUGAGUCGUAUUCCUCACACUCGCACACAGAAGAGCCAGAAUGCACAGCCGCCGCUGCCUGCAGCUAAGAAAGUUUAUUCCAGCCCGAACUCUGAAUCUGGUCCAGCUCAGAGCUACGUGGAUUACAUGGUUUUAGACCCGCACCAGUCCUCCCCACUCAGGAUGCAAACCCUACCGGUGGACCCAUACUCAUACCUACAAGAGGGCAUGACCCACUCUCUCCAUCCGCACGCCAGCAUGGGAUACCAGCGGCCCUCCUCUCGAUCUGGAUCCCAGCAAAGAGAGCGCGACCGUCAGCUUCUGCAGGACGCCGUCUCCCUCUACCUGUCCUCCGCGCAGCCCUCUUUCCGCCACCGGGGGGCAGCAGCGCUCCCCGCCGCCCCGUACUAUGAGGACCUGGAUUUCCCUCUGGAGUAUGGAGAGGACUACACCCUACAGGAGCAGCGCACCAACAAAAAACCCCCUCAGGACUACAGCUCGCUCGCCGGACUCGAUGAUGACACUCUUACACAGCUGGGCAGUCUUUUGAAGGGUUUCGGGGUGGAUCCACGAGACCUGAGUCCUCAGCAGAUAAAAAGACUGACUCUGGUGUUACAGCUGCUACAGAACAUGGAGAAUGCAGAUCAAUCCCCAGGGACAGUCUCUGUAAAAGAGACAAUUGUUGCAGGCAGUGAUAAAGUGACAGAAAAUGGAGGCAAAUCUCCUUCAACUAUUUCGGCUCUGCCCUCUGCACCAACCCACCAGCGGGCCUCGACUCAGCCCCUGUCCACGUCCACACCAGCCCCUGUGACUGUACCCGCGGAGCCCACCCUGUCAGCUAAAGACUUGGAUUUAAAAGAGAAAACCGCCAACAUCUUAAAAACUGCGAAGGAUGGGACGAACACCAGAGAGGAGUAUGGCUACAUUGUCACUAAUCAGAGUCAUUUAAGUCUGUAUGACGGGGUGAAACUCUUGGAAACCCUGGCAGAGAAAAUCCAUCUCUCCACGAGCAGCUUCAUCAACAUAAGUGUGGUGGGUUCGGCCCUGACGUUCAGGAUCAGACAAAAUGCUCUGAAUCUCAGUGCUGAGGAUGUGGCCAAUAAAGCCGUGGCAGAGAAGAAUUUCCUGGAGGGUGAGACAGGAUUAAAAAUCAUCCAGACUGGAGUAGGAGAGAGGAGCGAGGGCCGUGGUUUGCCUCAGGCCACACGGAUUGGCGAGGGCUCCCGGGGGGUCGUCUUGACAAUGGUCGCCAUGGCGUGUGUGGGCACGGUGUUGUUAGUUGCGCUGGCGGUUGCCUGUCUCCGUCAUCAUGCCCGUCAGCUGGCCUCUGGUAAACUGAGUCUAGGACCUGAAGCUGGAGCGGAGACCCACUUUGAUUACCAGGAACUGUGUCGCCAGCACAUGGCAGCCAAGUCAUCAUUCACCCGUCCGGAGCCAGGUGGGCGACGGGGCACCGACACAUCACGAGUCAGCAGUGUGUCGUCUCAGUUCAGCGAUGGACCUCAGCACAGCCCCAGCUCUCACAGCAGCACCCCGUCCUGGAGCGAAGAGCCCGCGCAGUCCAACAUGGACAUCUCCACUGGACACAUGAUAUUGGCAUACAUGGAAGACCAUUUGAAGAAUAAGGACCGUCUCCAGAAGGAAUGGGAGGCUCUGUGUUCGUAUCAGGCUGAGCCCAGCUCCGUCUCUGUGGCUCAGUGUGAAAGCAACAUGGAGAAGAACCGCUAUCCUGACUUUGUUCCCUAUGACCAUUCAAGGGUGAAACUGAAAGCAGAGGUGAACCCCUCCAAAGAGGACUACAUAAACGCCAGCACCAUAAUUGAUCACGACCCACGUUUACCUGCUUAUAUUGCAACUCAAGGACCUUUACCACAUACUGUCGCAGACUUCUGGCAGAUGGUAUGGGAGAAUGGCUGUACUGUGAUAGUGAUGAUGACCGCUUUAGUGGAGGAUGGAGAAAAGCAAUGUGAACGUUACUGGCCUGAUGAAGGAUCGUCAUUAUAUAACAUCUAUGAGGUGAAUCUUGUGUCUGAACACAUCUGGUGUAAAGACUUCUUGGUUCGUAGUUUCUACCUGAAGAACGUGCAGACUCAGGAGACCCGCACUCUGACUCAGUUUCAUCUGUUGAGCUGGCCUGCAAACGGCAUACCAUCGUCCACACGGCCCCUGCUGGACUUCCGCAGGAAAGUAAACAAGUGCUACAGAGGACGCUCAUGCCCAAUCAUUGUGCACUGCAGUAAUGGAACUGGUAGAACUGGCACCUACAUUCUUAUCGAUAUGGUACUGAACCGCAUGGCUAAAGGAGUUAAAGAGAUUGACAUUGCUGCCACAUUGGAGCACAUUCGUGACCAGAGACCAAGUAUGGUGCGCACUAAGGACCAGUUUGAGUUCGCCCUGACCGCCGUGGCAGAAGAAGUGAAUGCCAUCCUGAAAGCCCUUCCUCAGUGAACCACAUCCAAACUGUGUCCCUCAAACAUCACCUCCCUCUUUCCGUGCACCUCAUUCACUUUCAGAGGCCAGAAAUGAAUAUUGUAAUACUACGAAAGCUGUCUGUAUGCUGGAAACACUUGACAGGGGCCAAAUUCUUCAGUCCUAUUUGAGUUUCAGGGAGAAACAGUAGUUUAAAGUGGCCUAAUUUCUGAACACUGACAGUAUAAUGUUGUCUUUUUUAUGAAUAUAUAUAAAUAUAUACAUGAUGUUUGAUGUUGAAAAUGGAGAGUCUCUACAUUCUGUUGUUCUUAAUAUGCUUUCUUUAUGGCCAAAAAUGCAAUUUAUGUAUGAAAUGUAGAAAAAGACCCACCAUGCCUCAUGCAGUCAAACAUGAGAGCAUUUAUGCAGUCACAUCUGAACCCAGGAGUGGUUUGUUUUGGUGGAAUGUUCCUAAAAGGUAUCUGUAAUUCCUGUUAAAUCUCUCACAAACAUCCAGUGCUUUAACAUCUUUACUGUCUAGUGCAGCCUUUAUGUCCUGUGAUCACUGUAUAUAAUUCACAGAGAGUUCUGUUUGUCUAUUCCUGUAACAGAUAUUUAGAAAAUUAUAUAAAAAAAGGAGAGAGAAAUAUAUGAUUAUAAUUUUUAAAUGGUUCUGAAUUAAACGUGAAUCUGUG